UCACGUCUUUCCACUGUCUCACAAUGGCGGCCGCCGUCAUUUUCCGGCCAAACUUCACCGCCCUCUUCUUCUUCUUUCUCUUCUCCGUCGCCACCUCCGACGAGCUUCAGACUCUCCUGUCCAUCAAGUCCGCCUUCCAGAGCUCCGCCACCGACGUGUUCGACACCUGGAACGCCGAUACCCCGCUCUGCACCUUCGCCGGAAUCACCUGCGCCUCUAAUGGCGCCGUAGCGGAAAUCGAGCUUUCUCGGCGGAGCCUCGCCGGCUCUGUUCCUUUUGAUUUGAUUUGCUCUUUGGAGUCGUUGGAGAAAAUCUCGCUCGGGUUUAACAAACUUUCCGGAAAAGUCGCGGGGGAGUUGGAUAAGUGCGUUGGGCUGAAAUACUUGGACCUCGGGAAUAAUUUCUUCACCGGAUCAAUCCCGGAGAUUCCAUCUCUCAAUCGGAUUUCGCAUUUGUACAUGAAUCGCAGUGGAUUCUCCGGGAGAAUCCCGUGGGAUUCUAUUGUCAAUAUGAUUAACCUAGAAGUUCUUAGUCUCGGCGAUAAUUCGUUUGACGAAUCUCCGGUGCCGGAGGGGAUUGUGAAGCUUACACGCUUGAAUUGGCUCUACUUAUCCAAUUGCAGUCUCGUAGGGGAAAUCCCGGCGGGGAUUGGGAAUCUGACGGAGCUUACUAACUUAGAGCUAUCAAUGAAUAAUCUUUCUGGCGAAAUUCCUCCUGGAAUUUCUAUGCUUAAAAAACUGUGGCAACUUGAGCUUUACUGGAACCAUCUCACCGGAAAGUUCCCCGUGGGGUUCGGAAACCUCUCUAACCUCCAAUUCUUGGAUGCUUCACUCAAUAAUCUCACCGGUGAUAUAUCCGAAAUCAGGUACUUGAAUAAGCUAGUUAGUUUACAGCUUUUUUACAAUCAAUUUUCCGGCCAAGUCCCGGCGGAGUUGGGAGAGUUCAAGAAUCUGAUUGGGUUGUCACUAUACGGUAACCGACUCACCGGACCACUGCCUUUAAAGCUUGGGUCGUGGGCGGAGUUUGACUUGAUCGACGUGUCGGAGAAUUUCUUCACGGGGCCAAUUCCGCCGGAGAUGUGCAAACAGGGGAAGAUGAGAAGGCUCUUGGUUCUUCAGAACAACUUCACCGGAGAAAUCCCGGAAAGCUAUGGUAAUUGCACGACUCUCCAGCGUUUCCGGGUGAGCAAGAAUUCACUUUCCGGCGUAAUUCCUAGCGGGAUUUGGGGUCUGCCUAAUCUUGAUAUCAUAGAUAUCAGAGAAAAUGGGUUUGAAGGUUCUUUAAAUUCCGGUAUCGGAAAUGCAAAGGCCUUGGCGCAGUUGUUUCUGGGUAAUAACAAACUCUCCGGCGAUUUGCCGCCGGAAAUUUCUGGAGCUUCCGCCUUGGUUUCAAUCGACCUGAGCAACAAUCAAUUCUCAGGUGAAAUUCCGGCGACUAUUGGAGAUCUUAAAAAGCUCGAUUACCUUCAUUUAUCAAACAACAAAUUCUCCGGUUCAAUUCCAGAUUCAUUAGGCUCUUGCGUCUCCCUCAGCGACAUAAUCAUAGCUCAGAAUUCUCUCACCGGAAAAAUCCCGCCGUCCCUCGGGUCUCUCCCGACAUUAACAUCGUUAAACGUGUCGGGAAAUAAACUCUCCGGUCAAAUCCCAGAGACCUUAUCGUCUUUAAAGCUCAACCUCAUCGAUUUCUCCAACAAUCAACUAACCGGCCCCAUACCGGAAUCUCUUUCCGUCGAGGCGUAUAACGGCAGUUUCACCGGAAACAGCGGUCUUUGCAGUGAAAACAUCAAGUUUUUCCGGCGGUGUUCCGGGGAACUCUCCAAACCUCAUAAUCUUCACCCUCUUUUGUUCUCUUUAUUAGCUAUCCCAAUGGCAAUCCUCAUUUCAAUAGCCUAUUUCUUGUACUUAAAGAAGAAGAGUUCUCAGAACGAAUAUCGCGAGCGGUCUUUAAAGGAAGAUUCUUGGAAAAUGAAAUCUUUCCACUUACUGAGCUUCACGGAAGAAGAAAUCCUCGACGGGAUCAAGCAAGAGAAUCUGAUCGGAAAAGGCGGCUCCGGCAGCGUGUACAGAGUGGUCGUCAGAACCACCGGCAAAGAAUUGGCGGUGAAACAUAUCUGGAACUCCGGCGCCGCCGACAGAAAGCUGGUGGGGUCCACGACAUCCAUGCUGGGGAAACAACGUGGGACGAAAUCGAAGGAAUUCGAGGCGGAAGUCCAAACUCUGAGCUCAAUCCGACAUGUUAACGUUGUGAAGCUGUAUUGCAGCAUAACCAGCGAGGAUUCGAGCCUGUUGGUUUACGAGUAUUUGCCGAACGGGAGUUUAUGGGAGCGGUUGCACGGGUGCCGGAAGGCGGAGUUCGGGUGGCCGACGAGGUACGAGGUUGCGGUCGGCGGCGCCAGGGGAUUGGAGUAUUUGCACCACUGCUGUGACCGGCCGGUGAUUCACCGGGACGUGAAGUCGAGUAAUAUUCUUUUGGACCAGCAUUUCAAGCCCAGAAUUGCAGAUUUUGGUCUUGCUAAGAUUAUACGGCCAGAUUUGGACAAAGAUUCAAGUCAUCUCAUUGCCGGGACUCAUGGAUACAUUGCCCCAGAAUACGGAUACACGCACAAAGUGAACGAGAAGAGCGACGUGUACAGCUUCGGAGUGGUACUGAUGGAGCUCGUGUCGGGGAAAAGUCCAAUAGAACAAGAGUAUGGAGAAAACAAUGACAUUGUGGGAUGGGUGGGCAACAAGCUGAAGAAGAAAGAGAGUGUGCUAAGCAUAAUUGAUUCAAGUAUCCAAGCACCUCACAUAGAAGAUGCAGUGAAGGUCCUAAAGAUUGCCAUUAUGUGUACUUCUAGGCUUCCUAGCCUAAGGCCAAGCAUGAGGAAUGUGGUUAAAAUGCUAGAAGAUGCAGAGCCUUGCAAGUUGCUGGGGAUUAUAGUCAGCAAAGAAUGUGAUAUGAGAGAUCCUUGCUGGAGGUGUGGUUUUUGGAUUGAACAUGUGGAGCCCCGCGUGGAGAAAAUGCCAGUGCUUUGA